AUGUCCGAAGCAACAGGUUUGACCUUCAACCUUCUUCCAGAUGAGAUCAGGCAAAGCUCCGCCAUCGGCGCGGAAAUCCAACUACCUCCGGGAAUGUCGACACUGAAGUUGGACCAGUUAACUGAUAAUGACAAGAAUGUCCUUCGAAAAGCUCUUUUUGAGAACCAAGUGGUUGUCAUAAGAAACCAAAAAGGCAUUGACCCGACUGUAUUGCCCGAACUUGCUAAGAUUUUCGAUCCCAACGCCUCUGACAUUCACUCCGCCGGAGAAAAAGCCGUGAGCGACCCCAGGAACAUUUUAUCAGCAUACAAAGCAGGCAGGAUCCCCAGAGCUCCGCAGGUUGGAAUCAUUGGCUCUGGCAAGUUCCAAAAUUAUGAGGGCCUGGAAGCGUUGGAGGUCGUCCAUCUUGAUCAUACAUUGUUCCACGAAGAGCCUCUGAGCCAGGAGCAGUUGGAUAAUGGGUACACCCGUCCAUACCGGUGGCACAUGGAUACCCCUUUCUAUGAGCGAUUGCCUGGUGAGGUGACCAUUCUGCACUCAAUUCGCAUUCCAAACGUUCCAGAUCAGAAGAUCAAGUUCCCAGAUGGAAAGGAAAAGUCGAUUGGGGCUGGGGCCACAGCCUUCUUUUCUGGCGCUCGUGUCUUCUCUCUCUUGGACCCCCAGGAGCAGGAAUUUGCCCUCAACACCACAGUCACUUAUGCUCCCCAAGCAUAUGAGUAUAUCCGUCAAUGCAGAGCGUCGGAAGAUGGUUUGACGAUCCCGAGUUUCGGACGAGAGGUACCAGUUGAAAAAUUAUCGCAAUGGGAAUGGGACAAAGUAGCCGAGCAUCCCAUGGUCUGGCGGAACCCUCUCAAUCCCGACCGACCCUUUUUUCAGGUACAUGGGUGCUGCGUUUACAAGCUGACAACGCGAGACCCAGCGACUGGUGAUGUCACUGUCAUGGAUGAUGUGGAAAAGGUCAGACAAGUGGUAUAUAAGAUGCAAAGGAAGAUAUAUGGUGCUGAGAACAUUUAUGCCCACCAUUGGCAAGAGGGUGAUGUAGUCAUUUUCCACAAUCGGGGUGUCAUGCACAGUAUCACUGGCCAAUUGGCCAAAUACAAGGAAGAAGAGGACAAGCGGAGAUUGUUGUGGCAGUGCACAAUGACAAGCACCACUGCCCCCAAGCCCUUCCGGGAAUACGAGGGGGUCAAUGGCACAGGUUAUGUGAGGACGUAA